GGUCAAUAACCUGGCAGGAUCCCAUAUGGAUAUUCAGGAUACCCAUGCUACUUCCUUAAAGGGCCAAAAAAUAAGACAAGACAUGAAGAAGAAUAUGAAUAUGUCCAGAUAUCAUGAGAGAGCUGUUUUCUCUAGAUUGAAUGAAAUUGCUACUAUUAAAUUUAAUACUGGGUUUUCACUUUACUGCCAGCAAUUUUAUUCCAUGUUUAUAAAGAGAGCACUAUUCACUUGGCGCAAUUGGAAGUUGAUGUUGCUACAGAUAUUAAUAAUUUUGGUUUUCACUACAUAUCUCUUAAGAACUGCAUACUCGAAUUAUGACCUUCCCACGAGAGAACUGGACUUGAGUCAAUAUGGUCAAACGAUUGUGCCUUACUCAGUUUCAGGGAAUUCUGAUUUGGCUCUGAAUUUCAUAAAUAACCUUAAGAUUUUUCUAAAACGUAACAAUCAAGAACUUUGGGAAGUGCAAGGUAAGGUAACAAAACAUAUAAUGGAAAACAAAGAGUUUCGUGACUUCUCCAUUAUUGCACUUUCCAUUGAGGUUGAAAAAAACAAAAUGAUACUUACUAUUUUGUUCAAUAAUGAGGCAUACCAUUCAGCUGCAACAUCAUUGGCAGUGUUAGACAAUGUUCUUUUUAUGUCACUUUCUGGCCUCAAUGCUUCCAUCAGUGCCUCCAACAAGCCUCAACCUCUCCCACUUCAUGGUCAUAUCAUAAUACCUACAAAUGGAUUACAAAUAGUAGUAUGUUUGGCUUUUGGCAUGGCUGUUGUGGUUGGUAACUUUGGCCUUCAGACAGUGAUGGAGAGAACCACUAGAGCAAAACACAUCCAGUUUGUGAGUGGGGUAUCUGUACUUACUUAUUGGCUCUCUGCUUUUCUGUGGGAUCUCAUCUGCUUCUGCAUUCUCUGCUGCUUACUACUGGGAGUGUUCAAAUACUGCGGAUUGGAUGCAUUUGUUGCAAAUUACAACUUUCUGGACACAAUGAUGAUCUUUAUGCUGUAUGGUUGGUCUGUUGUACCUCUCAUGUAUCUUGGAAGCUUCCUGUUUUCUAGUAGUACUGCUGCCUACAUCAAGCUCACCCUCUUUAACUACUUUUCAACUAUUUUCAGUAUCAGCAUUUAUGUCAUAAGACAACAAUAUGGUCUUGAUUUUCCUCACUAUGCCACAACCCUCAUAGAUAGUAUCUUAGUGAUGCUUCCUAGUUACAACUUUGCAAUGUGUAUCAGCAAAUUCUUUGAUGACUAUGAGAUGAAAAAUCUGUGUGCCAGGCAAAUUCGAAGUAUACUUGUGAAGUGCAAUAAAACGUCUACUGAGAAGAGUGUCUAUAAUUUUGGAACACAUGGGAUUGCAAAGUAUUUGACUGCAUUGGCUGUCUUGGGCUUAUUUUAUCUCCUUUUGCUUUUGUGUGUGGAGACUACAUCCUGGAGCCUGCAAAACUUCAUCUCUCAUAAAAUUUUAUCUAAUGUCCACAACCUAUUCACAAAAGGCAUGAAGGCUGCAGUGUCCUGUCAAGUGGUCAAGGACUAUGAGGAUGAAGAUGUAAAAAAUGAAGAGAACAGAGCCCUGACACUGCCUCCCAAGUUAAAGAAUAUCCCACUGGUUUUGAAAGAACUUACAAAGGUUUAUUAUAAGUGUCCAGUUGUAAAGGCUGUAAGAAAUAUCUCCCUUGUAGUCCAGAAAUCUGAGUCCUUUGGAUUACUUGGAUUAAGUGGAGCUGGGAAAACCACUACCUUCAAAAUAUUGACUGGAGAGGAGACCACAACAUCUGGAGCUGUGUUGAUUGAUGGCUUUAACAUUACCAAAAAUAUCAGAAAGAUUAGGUCAAGAAUUGGCUACUGUCCUCAAAAUGACCCCAUUCUCAACCACAUGACAGGUCAGGAAAUGCUGAUGAUGUAUGCCAGGCUGCGAGGGGUCCCUGAGCCAGACAUUUGCAAGUAUGUGGAAACCUUUUUGUAUGCAAUGCACCUGGAAACAAAUGCUGAUGAGUUUGUCCACAUAUACAGUGAAGGAAACAGACGUAGACUGAACACUGCUAUUGCCCUUAUGGGAAAAUCCUCAGUUGUCUUCCUGGAUGAGCCAUCUACUGGCUUAGAUCCAGCAGCCAGGUGCCUGCUAUGGGACACAAUUACAUGGAUGUGUAAAAGAGGCAAAGCUAUUGUUGUAACUUCCCACAGCAUGGAAGAAUGUGAGGCCCUCUGUACCAGACUAGCCAUCAUGGUAAAGGGGAGGUUCAAGUGCCUUGGCAGCCCUCAGCACUUAAAGAACAAGUUUGGUAAUGCAUACACUCUGACAGCAAAGAUUAAGUUUGAAAACAAUGAAGAUAAACUAGAGAAGUUCAAAGAAUUCAUGACAGCAACUUUCCCAGGUAACAUCAAACACCAGGAGCAUCAAGGGAUUAUUAGCUACUAUAUUCCCAAAGAGGAAAUCUGCUGGGGAAAGGUGUUUAAUAUUUUGGAGGAAGCCAAAGUGCUAUUCAAUCUAGAAGACUAUUCUGUCAGUCAAAUAACACUGGAGCAAGUCUUCCUGACCAUUGCUAAUAUUGAUAAAACAGAAAAUAUUUGAGAAAUAAAAGUGCUAUGAGAUUCAU